AUGCCAGACAACUCCCUGACUUCACUUUCGCCUUCCGAUGUGCAGACUGGCACUGUUCCGGAUCUCUCAAGUACAGGCGGCAGCGUGAUAACUUCGUUGCAAACGUCAGGCCAACCGUCGUCGGAGCCCUUUCCGGAUAUCUCGUUCUCGACAACCAGUCUCUCUCUGGUGGAUCCCACGUCGUUCUCCUCUCCAACAGCGACCGCACCGGUGACAUCUAUCUCAGAAACCAGCAUUUUCCGAGCAAUCGCAACAGGUGCGCCACCAUCACAGAUCAGUCAGAGAAGUAAUCAUCCUGUUCCAAGACUAGGCAUCCAGGGACAGCAGGAGAAACUUCAAACGAACAAGUUCUACUCCAAUCUGUUCCUGGGCGACCAGAGCCAGUCCGUGUUUACAUUCCCGUACUCGGUCCAAUGGACUAAAGGAUCUGGCGAAACACCAAGCUGGGGUCUUGCCGUCUCACACGUGGAGCGCAACCAAGUCGUGUUCGGACCUCCUCAGCCAGGCAAGGAUGCUGGUCAAUCGUCGUACUACGCCAAUCCAAUUGGCGUCCGAUCGCUCAUUCUUUCGGCGACUGAGCUCAACCAGACUGAGGCCGGCACACCUGGGUUGACGACCGAUUCACUGGCUGCGUUCAGCAUCAACUUGAACCUCUUCGGACACGGCUGGACUACUCCGACGAUUGUUUUCCCUCUCGUCCAGGGCUCUCCUUUCAUUACUGGGAAGUACAACUCCGCCACUCCUCUCAUUCAGACUGGCGUCGGCAUCGAUAACAUCACCUAUGCCGGCGCAGUCAUCGAAGGCUCAACCUACAAGUACCGCAUUCGUCUCCGCAAUGGUUACACGUGGUUGAUGUACGUCUCACCCCAGUCAACCGACUAUGCGCAGAACACAUUCACACUCAGCGAUGGAGCUGUGCAAGGUGCUUCAAGCUUUUCUGGCACGAUCCAGGUCGCCAAACUGCCGGGUGAUGCCAAUAGUGACGUUGAAGCUGUCUACGACAGUGCUGCCGGCGCGUACCCUAUCACAGGUGCCAUUUCCGGUGCCGUCGAUGGAACAGUCGGCAGCUACACCAUGUCAUGGACGAAGGAAGGUGUUAGCAAUCAGACGCUCCUGCUCUUCGCAUUGCCUCAUCACGUCGGAUCUUUCAGUGACGAGACUGCCGGCAGAGCAACGGGUCUGCAGCUCAUGACGACCGUCAAAGGCAUGGCUACUGCGGUCCGCGGUGACAGCUGGACACUCACCGAAGACGACCUUCCCAUCGAUAUGGCCUUCGCUCCCUGGUCGCCUGCUCAGGGCAGCGUGAAGACUGUAUCAUCGAAUGCAGUCCAAGCCAUCUAUGAAGCUGGUCUCGCUGAAUUGCAGCAAAGGAUCGGCCAGCAGACCAACGUUGGCAGUCUCUACUUUGACGGCAAAGCCUUGGCCAAAUUCGCUGCCAUUGUGUACACGAUGAACGACAUUGCUGGUAAUCGCACUCUGGCCCUCUCCGGUCUGAAAGUAUUGCAGGAUGCCAUGGCGUUCCACAUCAAUAAUCAGAUGGGGUUCCCACUGGUAUACGAGAGUGCCUGGGGCGGUGUUGUCAGUUCGGGAGCUUACCAGAACGGCAACGCUCUUGAAGACUUUGGCAACACCUACUACAACGAUCAUCACUUCCACUACGGCUACUUUGUGUACACUGCCGCUGUGAUCGGUUACCUCGACAAUGAGUGGCUCAACGACAGCAACGUCGCCUGGACCAACAUGCUCGUCCGUGACUACGCCAACUCAGUCACAGAUGAUGAGUACUUCCCAUUCUCUCGUGCAUUCGAUUGGUAUCAUGGUCACUCCUGGGCAGCCGGUCUCUUCGCAUCCGCCGACGGCAAGAACCAAGAAAGUUCCAGCGAGGAUACCAUGGCCAGCUACGCGCUGAAAAUGUGGGGCCAAAUCAUCAACGACAAAGCCAUGGAAGCCCGCGGCAAUCUGAUGCUCGCCAUUCAGAAACGCAGCUUUGCAGCUUACUACCUCUUUGAAGAGACCAACACCGUGCAACCGGCGGAAUACAUCGGCAACAAAGUCGCAGGCAUUCUCUUCGAGAACAAAAUGGACCACACGACCUACUUCGGCGCCGCGCCGGAGUUGAUUGAAGGGAUCCACAUGAUUCCUCUCAUGCCAUUCAGCGCAUACAUUCGCAGUGCGAAGUUCGUCCAGGAGGAGUGGGAUGCAUACUUUGCAAACACGAUCAACACGAUUCAAAGCGGCUGGAGAGGAUUGCUGAUGGCGAACUUCGCCAUCGUGAAUCCCUCAGCCAGCUUCAACUUUUUCAGCGACCCGAAUUUGAACCCGGACUUUUUGGAUGGUGGAGCAAGUCAAACUUGGUAUCUGGCGUGGUCGGCUGCGCUGGGAGGAUCGGGAACCUGA